AUGUCACGUGACGCAUUUGAUCCAUACAAGCACCUCAACCUCUCAAUCAACCCGGACGGCUCUUGCACGCGCAACUUCGAGUAUCCAAUAAUCGACCCCGACCCGGACCCGUCCCCAGGAAAACUCACCGCCUCCAAAGACGUCACCAUCAACCACGAAACCGGCGUGACCGUACGCAUCUUCCGACCAACCAACCUCCCUUCCAACGACACCACCAUCGCACGCCUCCCUAUCCUCAUCCACCUCCACGGCUCCGGCUGGGUCCUCUACCCCGCCAACUCCCCCGCCAACAACCGCGGCUGCACUCAGAUGACAAGCGAGCUAACGGUGAUCAUCGUCUCCGUCAACUACCGUCUCGCUCCGGAACACAGACUCCCAACCCAAUACGACGACGCAUUGGAGGCCCUCCUCUGGGUCAAACGACAAGCCGUCGACGCAGCUAACGGCGAGCCGUGGCUUAGAGACUACGCAGACUUCUCGAGGUGUUACAUCUUCGGCUCCAGCAACGGCGCCAACGUGGCGUUCCAGCUCGCGCUCAAGUCGUUAGACCACGACCUAACGCCGUUAAAAAUUGACGGGUGCGUGUUUUACCAACCGUUUUACGGCGGGAAAACUAGGACGAAGGCGGAGCUGAAGAACUUCGCCGACCCGGUGAUGCCGGUGCCGGCGAUAGACGCCAUGUGGGAGCUUUCUCUACCCAAAGGCGUUGAUAGGGAUCACAGGUACUGUAACCCGAUAGGUUACUUGCCGCAGAAGGAGAAAGUGGGGCGUUUGGGGAGGUGUCUUGUGAUUGGUUACGGGGGAGACACGUUGGUUGAUCAUCAACAAGACUUUGUGAAUAUGUUGGUUACAGCUGGCGUUAGGGUUGAAGCGAAGUUUGACGAUGCUGGUUUCCAUGGAAUCGAGCUCGUUGAUCCACGGCGAGCCGUUGCUCUUCUUAAUAUGAUCAGAGAUUUUAUUAAUUAA